AUGGCGCAGAAACGAAGAUUUUACGCAGGAGCGUGUUCGCAGGAGCAGAUGUGGGAGUCUCGGAUGCGGAAGAAACCACAAAAGCGAGCAUUUUGUCUCUCCUACGAGUUUGAUCUCGGAAUUGGGAGAUUUUUGAGAGAGAUUUCGAAGGGAUUCUUGAGAAUUGAUUCCUUAGCCCGUGUUGAUUGUAUUGUAUUGUUUGUGGCUAGAUUCCAGACGUUCGAAGACCGAUUUGCGAGGCAAAGGCGUAAUAGAGUAGGGAUUUUGCUCGGAUUGAGCUUAUCGAGUUAUCAAGCUGAACUGCCUUCUUACAUUAUACAUCUGCCCGCCAGCAGCGGAGGGGGUUCGAUUCCCGUUAUACGCGAUGUGGCGAAAAAGACUGAUUCAACGAGAUAUGCCUUGCCUGCAUUAAGAUUUAAAACUUGUCGUCUACUUUCAGGAAAUGUUUGGAACAGAGAACUUACAAUAAUACAACGCCGUAUUCUCCGAAGAUUGAGGAACAAGAAGAGAUCUAUUAAGAGAAAGAUUUAUUCUAGAGAAAAUCUUAACAGUUACAUCCAAUCACAAACUACACGAAAGUUGUCCCUUUUUUAUGGAGAUUUACCCAUCACAGAGAUGCACAGAGGAAGAGAACGAACUUCAUAUAUCCCUUUUCUACUCAAUCCAGAAACAAGAUCGGACGUUAUCCCGGUUCGUCUCCAUUUUUGUGAAACUAUUCCUCAAGCAAGGCUGCCGAUAAGUCAUAGAAGGGUUUGUGUGAAUAAUGGAGUGGUUAACAUUACUCAUUUUAAACUCUCCCAUGGUGAUAUAAUAUCUUUUCAAGAAAAUGAUGCGAGAACCCGCGGUGAAGAAAUAAAGAGAUCCUUCUAUAUCGAAAUCUCAGUUGAAAAAAUAAUAGGAAAAUUCCUGGAUCACCCGUGGAGAAGAACCAAAACAGAAUGGUUCCGCCUACUCAAAACUAAGAGGGGAUGCCGCCUACUACUAAAAUCCCGGUUUUUGCAACAGUUGCGUUCUUCUAUGCAAGAAGAAGACUUAGAAAGAACAAAGAAGUUUGGAUCCGAAAAAGUAUGCUUAGGCAGUUCUUUCGCUGAGCACAACAGAAUGAAGAGGAAUUUGUAUCAUUUCAAAUCCCUAUUCUUAUCGAAGAGAAGGAACGAGAAAAACCGAAAUAUUCCUACUCGAACAAGAAGUCCUAUAGUUUACAACUCUUCUUUAUAUAGUAAUUCGACCUAUUGCUCCGCAUCCCCCCAUCAGUUUACUAAAAAGAUCAAAAUAAAAAGGAUCGAACUACCUACUCAUUAUUCGGAGGUGAAUCAUAGAACACCAAAAGCUGUGGUAUCUUAUGGACCUAACAUAGGUCACAUACCUCACGACAUAAGAUUGAAAGAUCCAAACCUUCUUCUUCGGAGCGGAAAGGGACGUGGCCAAAACAUAUAAAGAUCGGCGUAGUCGCUCAUAGGGACAUAUCUAUCCGGAUAGAGGAUAGUCUAGGCCGAUUCAUAGAUAGAUCUCUCUCCAUAUAGAUAGGUAUCUCCGUGGAUAGAGAUAAAGAUAGGGAUCCAUCUAGAUCUUGAUUCACUAUUUCCAUAUUUUUUCUUGAUUCUGAUUGAUUGCCUUUUUUUUGACGACAAGUUUUAAAUCUUAAUGCAGGCAAGGAAACAUCGUUUUUCAAUUAUUACUUGCUGGGUCGGAGCGUAGACGAGCGAGCAGAGCCAAGGAAAGAGGGAAGCCCGUCAUAGAGCAGUCGACUAGAAGUAGAAGACUGCUGGCCUGAGAGAAGGCGGCCUCUCUCGGGAAAGAUGGCCCAAUUUCUCUUCUUUCUUUUUGAU